AGUGGAAUAACAUGAAAAUGCUGACCGUGUUUUAUUUACUGCUGAUCCUCACAGUGGGGCGAUGCUCAGAUGAUCUGAACUUUGACAUGAAGACUGUUGGUGUUGGAGAUGAUGUGAAUUUGACGUGUGCACGCCAGAAAUCGUCAGGGCAAGGAACAUUGUUUUGGAUUAGACUAGGUUCUGGAAACUUUCUUAAAUUCCUGGGAGGAACAUAUUCCUUUGAUUAUAUAGGUGUUAACAAGACUCCUCACAUGACAACAAAACAAGAACCUGGAACAUUUCUUCUGCAAAUUCAUGAGACAAAGCUCAGCGAUACUGGACUUUACUACUGUAUAAAAAUAAACCAACUAGAAAUGACAUUUUUGAAUGGAACAUUUCUGAGGAUUAAAGGACCAGAACCUGAUAUCACUGCCGUCAUUCAAGUCCCUCCAUCUGAUCCAGUCCGUCCAGGAGACUCAGUGACUCUGCAGUGUUCAGUCCUCUCUGACUCUGAGAAUAAAACCUGUCCAAGAGAACACAGUGUGUACUGGUUCAGAGCCGGAUCAGAUGAAUCACAUCCCAGUUUAAUUUACGCUCAUGGAAACAGUGGUGAUGAAUGUGAGAGGAGUCCUCAGACUCACUCUCCACAGAAAUGUGUCUACAGCUUCUCUAAGAAGGUCAGCUCCUCUGAUGCUGGGACUUAUUACUGUGCUGUGGCCACAUGUGGGGAGAUAUUAUUUGGAAAUGGAACAAAACUGGAGAUUGAAGCCUUCAGCAGGCAGGUUUUGCAGAAUAUGGUCCUGUUUCUGUUGUGUGCUUUGGCUCUGAGUCUGAUUGUUAUCGGCUUCCUUGUUUGUGCCAUCAAGAAGAAAUCCUGUGAUUGUUGUAACGCUGUUGUCACUCUGCAAGCAAAUGUUGCAGCAGCCAGUGGUGAUCAGCAAAGUCAUCAGAGAAAUGAGGAAACUUUGGUUUAUUACACCAAACUUUGCCUGGAGGAAAGCUGGCAAGGCAGGAAGAGGAAGAGCAACAGCAGAGGAAGAGAGCAUCUAAAGUGAUGUCACAGCCUUUUUUGACAAUCUAUACACUGGAUUUGCUUAUUGAUACUCAUAUAACUUUGAUGAACCACACUGGAUGGAAAAUACAUUGUUUCAGCAGCACUGGCGCUGACAUUUCACCUCAGAAAUAAACCACAUGAUGUAAUCUGGAUAACGUAAAGGAUGUUAAAUGCAAAAUAUUAAUAUGUUUUGUCAAAAGAGUUGCAACAAGUAAAUCAAAUAUGAUGCAAAAAUCACCACAUUUAAUAGUUUGAUGUUUUUGUUAAUAGCCUGUAGCACUGUGCAUCACAUCUUACAAUAUUGUUUAGUUAUUGUUUGCAUUUUAGUAUUAAGUUUUCUAAUGCAUUUGAGUGUGAUGCAUGUUGGAUGUCUUGGAAGAGUGUUUGAUUGAAUGUCUCAGUAAAUGUUGUACAGCUAAGCAAAAUCUCAGGAGGUUAAAACAAUGUAAUAAGUUUACAGUUUGUGAAAUCAUAUGUAAAUAUGUUAAUAAAAAUC